AUGGGCCAGGUUAUUUUUAUUACCGGAGCGAAUCGAGGCAUUGGGAAAGGUCUGGCAGCGCACUACCUUGCGAGGGAGGACACCACUGUCAUUGCAGCCAUCCGAGAUGUCUCAGCUGAGAACACAGAAGAACUACGUGCUUUGCAAAAAGGCCCUGGCUCCCAGUUGAUUCUCGUCUCGCUCAGCCUCGACAUCCCAUCGAGCGCCACCGAGGCAAUCUCCGAAAUACAAACGCAGCAUAACAUUGAACAUAUCGACAUUGUCCUUUCCAAUGCAGGAAUUUGCAACCACUGGGGCCCUGUGGUGGACAUGACUGAUGCGGACGUGCUUUCUCACUUUGACGUGAAUGCCCUCGGACCACUGAGGCUGUUCAGGGCCACAGCACCAUUGUUGCAGAAUGCCAGUCAGCCCAAGUUUGUCUAUACCUCUACUUUAAUGGCCAGCUUCGGUGAGAUGGAGCGCCUUCCGUCCCUGGCGACGGCCUAUGGAAUGUCCAAGGUGGCUGGCAAUUACCUGGUCAGGAAAAUUGAUGCAGAGCACAAGCAUCUGAUCGCGUUAUCAGUCGACCCUGGACUUGUCCAAACAGACAUGGGUAGUCGUAGUGCGCAAUCCAUUGGAUUAGAAAAGGCUCCAUUGACCGUUCAAGAGAGCGUCCAAGGAAUUAUCAAGCAGAUCAACGAGGCACAAAAGUCAACUACAUCUGGCAAGUUUGUUAACUAUCUCGGCGACAGAGUCCCCUGGUAG